AUGAAAGAAAGUGAAGUAUACGAAUUACUCCGGGCAUAUAUUGACCCAGCAAAAACAAAAGAAGCAGAAAUUCUGGCACGAAGAAUAAAUGGUGACACAGAAGAGAUCACAGCAUUUGUUAAACAGCUCGGAUCUUCACCACCAAAAGUGAAGGAGAUUGCUGCGCUUUUCUUAAGACACUCACUCUCGCUUUCUCUCUCCCAUAGCGCAAUACAAAAAGGAGUGGACACGCAGUACUACACAACAAUAUUCUCACAUGUAUGCCAGUAUAUCACACAAGAAUCAGAGAUAACAGAUAAAUUAUUAUACGAAUCCAUUAGUAUUCUGUCAAAUGCACUCACUCUGUCUGAUGUACUGCCUGUGAUAGAACUAGGCCGGAUUACGCAGCCAGAUAAAGCAGCUGUUAAAACAUUGAAUCUUCUCGUAAGAUAUACACAGAAAUACAGAACUAAAGAAAAAUCAGAUGAAUUGUACUUAGAGAUAAACCAUCUGAUAGAAGUGACUAAGACCAUAUUCCACGCACUGGUUCAGUAUAUAAUAGCACACCCAGAUACAGAAAUAUCCCUACAGAUAUACAUAUGCAUAUACACAAUAAUUUACAGUAUUUUAGUUCACGACAUACCUGAUUACUAUGAAGAAAACAUAGAACAUUACACAGCAGGCCUUUUCAUACCGAUAAACAAUAACCACCUGAAAAAUGUGCAUUCAACAGAUCCUUUAGUGUGUAUUAUACGCUCUGCGGUGGUUAUUCAGAUACAAGUGGCAAGUAUACUUAUAAGCAGAUAUUCGGAUGCGUAUGAUAGCUUUAUGCCAUUUACUAGCACAAUGGAUAGGCUAUACACUACAUCAGAACUGCUCGAUGAAGGUAUUCAAGUGGAAUUCAUGAAUUACUUACAGGUUCUUCUUAAUACGCACUGUAGACUGGAUGGACAGACGAUCUCUACCAUACUGAAAAUGCUUAUCAGUAAGAUAGUUGUAGAUACAGACGUAGGGACUGUAGAGUACAUAAAUGAACUACUGCAGGGCGAUCCUACUCUGACCAGAGAAAUCUCUGCAGGAAUAUUAAAAGACCUUCUGGCCAGAGGGGCACUGACUCUUACAGAUCUUAUUCACCACACUGUACAGCAAGCACACGGCGCACCAAGCAAGCUUCAAGUGAGCUCAGUAUAUAUUAUUCUGUACCUGAUCAGAAGCAAGUACAGGCUGGCUAGUGGCAUAUACAGUGAAUAUAUACAGCACGCACUACACACGGUAAUAAAGGGAGAUAUUACAAAUACCCAUGAAGUGCUUGGUAUAGCAUACGCUAUUCUUAUACUGGCUGUGCAGUAUAAUAUUGCAGGAGGGCUAGAAGACAGAGCGCAGGAUAUAUUCAAUGCCAUGGAUCAUUUAGUUACAUUAAAUGAAUCAGCUGAGGUGCCAGAGUAUAUUCUGUACAUAUCAAUAGGGCUGGCAUACACAGUAUACGUGCACAGCAAAAAAAACAUUUCAUACUCUGCUAGAGUGAACGUGUUUGAGUACUUGCUCCGUACAAUAAAGGAAGAGUGCAGUGAUGGGCCAAUAAAAGCCCUCUUCAUUUACAUGAAGAUGCACUAUAAUGCAGUGAAUGCUGCUGGCACGAACUAUGCACAGGAUUCGACAAUUCAAUGGUUCACAAACAACAUAUACCCAGCUGUAUAUAAAAUACUACUGAAAAGCACAGAAACUCUUAGUGCAGCAUCCAUUAAAUACCUUUACGAUAUAGUAUCACUGAAUGUAGCAUACCACCCACAAAGCAUUUCAAAUUAUAAUGAACUGCUUAUGUACUCAGUUAACAAUAGUGUGUGCGAGUACAACGCGUAUAAUAUACUUAUACUAAGCAUUAUUAAUAUCAUCUAUGGAAUAUCGCAUUACAUUGACAUUAGCAUAAAUAUCAUCAAUAACGAAAUUAUUUGGGGGGAGUGUAUAUACAGUGCAAGCUACCUAUACGUCAGUCUGAUUAACAGCCCACAGACGGCUGUAAAAGACCUACCCGAAAGAACAAUUAAAUUCUUUACAGACUGCAUUGUAAAUGGGCAAUGCGGAACUGUGCCAGUGCAAGUAGCUGGUAAGUAUUUAAACGGCGAGGCUGUUAAGUAUAUAUUCAGCCAGAAUAAUAGUGAUAUUCUACUGCUCAGGUGCAUAAGCACACUGGCUAAUGAGAGUAAUCAAGAGCAGCUCCCGCAUAUUAUAGACAGAUUUAUUGCCAGGCCAAUAAUUCCUGAGGAAGACACAGCAUACGGAAUAACUGUCUUAAGGGAGUGUGCAGAGAAGAGUGCCCACAGAAAAAAUGAAAUUGAAAGAAUAAUUGAAAGGCUUCAAACAAGAAAAUGCAAAAGAAAAGACGAAAUCGAUACAAUAAUGCUACUAGAAGAGAUAUUUAAACGGAAAUAGAUGAAUAAUAAGAAACCUUCCGUUUAUCCAAUGGCUCAAAACCAGCAAAAUUAUCCAGUGCUGCAGAGCAGCAGUAAUCGAUUUUUGCAUAAAUAAACGGACUUUGUUU